AUGUACCGCGACUGUGGCUGUUCCGAUCGCCGAUUUCCUCAAAAUAGCGCUCCCUGCAAUCGCUUCUUCAUCGGGUCAUUAUUACCGAAACCUCGGCAUUUAAUUGCCCGCACGGGCCAAUGGUUGGAUCAGCAGAGUUCUGGCCAAAUCGGGCUCCCAAAUGGAGAUGACCAGGUACAGUUCGAUCGGACAUCGAUCACAGGCUGCUGCUCGGAUGGCCACGUCCAACCUACACAACCGGGCACAGUCCGGUCGGCGUUUCGCUUCCCUCCUGUUCGUCCUCCCACGCUCAGCCUCCCACAUGUCCGCAGCCCAUCUCUUCUGUCUCGAGUUCUAGCCGUGGAGGUAGUUGUCGAGCCAACCCCAUGA